AUGAAAUUAUAUUCAUUAAAGUUUUUUAAUUUAAUUAAUUUUUUAUUAAUUUCAAUUAUUAUUACUACAAAUUAUUGUACAUAUACAUUGAUACAUAAUAAUGAUAAGAAUAGAAAAAUACAAAAAUAUAAUUCAUUAACUCAGACAAUGUUUUUAAGUGAAUUAAAAAAAUUAAAUGUUUAUUUACUUGAAGAAGAAUCAAUUGGUAGAGAAGUAGCUAAUUUACAAUUUCCAAUUAAUCGUAUGAAUAAUUCUAAUGAAAAUUAUUUAAUUAAUUAUAAUAACAAUAAUAAUGAAGAACAAGAAGGAAAAGAAGAAAUAGAAAAAGAAAAAGAAGAAAAAAGAAAAAAAUCAAAUUAUUAUCAAAUAUUUAAUAGUGAACCACAAUCAAAAUAUUUUCAUUUAGAUGCAAAAACUGGUAUUAUACGUGUUGCUAGACGAAUUGAUCGUGAUCAAUUAUGUCCAUUAUUUAAAUCAUGUUGUACAUAUUUAAAUCAUCCUAAUAAUAAUAAUAAUAUAAAUUAUUUUAAUAAAAAUUUUAAUUUAAUUAAUAAUGAACAAUUAACUAAUUGUCAAUUAGAUUUGAAUAUUCGAUCAGAUGAUCAAUAUACUAAUAUUAUUACUGUUAGUGUACAUAUUAUUGAUAUUAAUGAUAAUUCACCAAUAUGGUUAUUAAAUAGUAAAUCAGGUUUAUUAAAUUUUCCUGAUGAUCAUCAAAAACAGGAUGUGAUGCAUGUUUACGUAUCAGAAAGUAGCCUUAUCGGAGAUUCCAUUCAACUAACGCCUGCUGUAGAUCAAGAUGCUGGGUCAAAUAACAUUAUGAAAUAUAUGAUCGAACCUCAAUUUCCUGAAUUUCAGUUAGAAUGGACAUCACUUGACAGAGAUGCUACAAUGGCAAACAAUCAAUUCUCUGGCGAUAUACAGUCUAGUGAUAUUCAAUCAUAUUCUGAUCAUUUUAUCAGAUCACCACCUGGUCCGAGACAUGAACUUCGUUUAAUUGUUCGAAGCCUAUUAGACAGAGAAACCAAAUCUUUAUAUGAAUUCAAUCUAACUGCUAUAGACGGUGGAUCACCAAGUAGAAAUACAACAAUCAAGUUACAAGUUCAUAUCACAGACUUCAAUGAUAAUUCUCCGAUUUUUGAAAAAGAUACAUAUACUGUAGAUUUGCAUGAAAAUGCUCGACCGCAUACACCAGUUAUACAAGUUAAAGCCAAUGAUAUCGACGAGGGAAGUAAUGCACAAAUUAAAUAUCGAAUAAGUUCAUUGACUAAACCGGAAUUUAUACGAUUAUUUACAUUGGAUCCAAUAACUGGUUGGAUACAUGUGCAAUGGGAAGUGGACUAUGAAAUACACAAAAAAAUAAUAUUAACUGUUGAAGCUAAUGAUGGAGGUAGUCUACCAAGAAGUACAACUUGUAUUGUAGAAAUAACAGUAUUAGAUGAAAAUGAUCAUUCACCUGAAUUACAUUUUGAACCAGCUCAUUUAACAAAUUAUGCAUUGGUUCCAGAAAAUGAAAAACCUGGUCGAUUAGUUGCUGUAUUUACAGCACAAGAUAAAGAUAGUGGAGAUAAUGGUCGUGUAAGUUGUCGUUUAGCAGAAACAAGAAAAUGGACAUUUGAUACACAAAAUAAAGAAAAAUUAGAAAGUUUAUUAUUAAAUCCAACUGAAAUUUUAUUCAGUUUACAACAAAUGCAUAUGCCUUUUUCAAUUAUAUAUAAACUAACAACUGCUUCCAGUUUUGAUCGUGAAUUCAUUUCAAAAAUUACAGUUUGGAUAACAUGUUCAGAUUAUGGUAUUCCACCAAGAAAUAGUACUGGAUCAGUAGCUGUUAGAAUUUCCGAUGUAAAUGAUGAACCCCCAAUAUUUAGUCAAACACAUUAUUACUUUAAUAUUAAUGAAAAUACUGAAAUAGGAACAAUAAUAAACAAAAUCAAUGCAACAGAUCCUGAUGAAGGUGAAAAUGCUAAAUUAACAUUUUGGUUAAGUGGACAAAAUGCAAAUUAUUUCGAUGUAAAUAAAGCUACCGGUUAUUUAACAGUACAAAAAUUAUUAGAUAGAGAAAUGAUAAAUGAAUUACGUUUUCAAAUUCAUGCUGCAGAUAAUGGAAUGCCAAGUUUAAAUUCUAGUGCUGAUAUAACAAUAAUUAUUCAAGAUGUUAAUGAUAAUCCACCGAGUAUAUUGAAUAAAAUAGAAUUCUAUAUAUUAGAGAAUCAUACAGCUUCAUUGGCUAUUGGUAAAAUUACUGCAUAUGAUGCAGAUAUUGGUCGAAAUGCCGAAAUAACUUUUACGUUAAUUCAAUGUAUUGCUUAUGGAUUAAAUACUUUCAAUAGUUCAGAUAGUAUAGUUCAUGAAUCAUAUGAAAAUUAUUUGAACAAUAAGAAAAAUUUCUCACAAUCACUUGAAAUUAUGUAUACAUUUUUUAUUGCCAAAGAUGGACAAAUCUAUUUAGGUAGAUCAAAAUUAGAUCGUGAAUUAUAUCCAUUAUAUGAAUUGACAGUGCGUGUUGAAGAUCAGGGUACACCAAAAUUAUCAUCUACAACAAUUGUUUUAAUACAUAUAUUAGAUGUGAAUGAUAAUACACCACAAUUUAUCUUUCCAUCAAUUGGUAAUAAUACUGUUUAUGUACGAAAAGAAACAAAGCCUGGAACGUAUAUUGCAAAAUUAUAUGCUAUUGAUAUAGAUUCAGCAGAAAAUGGUCGUAUAACAUAUGGAAUUAAACCAAAUGAGCAUACAGAUAUACAAUCCUUAUUUGAAUUAGAUCCUAUAACUGGUGAUAUUAUAUUAAAACGUUCAUUAGAUUAUAAUAUAGAUACAUUAAGACUCAAAGAAAAUGAAAACUUUAAAGAUUUUAAUUUACUUAAUAUACAUAGUAGAUCAUCAUCUAUUCAUGAAAUGGAAAUGAAACGUCGAAAUCAAUCUAUUCAUGGAAUAAAUAAAACAACUUUUAAACAAAAUGAAUUAAAGAAUAAAUUAUAUGAAAGUCAAAUGGCAUAUAGUUUAAUUGUUACAGUAACAGACAAUGGGGAACCACCAUUGAAAUCUUCUACCAUUUUAAGAAUUCUAUUUACUCCACCAUUUUACCCACCUAGUGAUUCAAAAGAUUCACCAAAUCCUUUGAUAAUAAAACAUUCAGUUCGACACAAAUCAUUAAACAAUCAUCCUGACUAUACUAAAAGUCAAUCUAUAUCAAAUGAAUUAGAUUUCGACACACCAGUAGAAAAUGAAUUAACUGGAAUCGGUGUAUUACUUGGUUUAGUAACAGCUAUUGGUUUAUUUGUCUGUUUUUUAAUUCUUGUUAUAAUGAUCACUUUUUAUCAAAAAUUGAUUCAACUUUCAACUGUAUCACCAUCAUUCAAUACACAAUCAACUCAUUAUAUGCCACAUUCAAUUCUUCGUCAUAUUCCUGUAGAACAAUUAAAUAAAUCUGAUAAAACCAUAACUGAUUCAUCUCGACAGUAUUAUUUACAAACAUUCAAUGAAAUAAUGCCAAAUUCACAAAAUGAAUUAAUGACUAGUUUUACAACACUUUAA